GCCAUGGCAGGGAGCGAGUCGCCCCGCGGAGCCGGCUCCACGCCGCCGCCCCCCAGCGACUGGGGGCGCCUGGAGGCGGCCAUCCUCAGCGGCUGGAGGACCUUCUGGCAGUCGGUGGGCAAGGAGAGGGCGGCGCGGGCGGCCUGCCCGGAGGAGGCGGACGAGGUGGCCAGUGCCCUGACGCGGCUGCCGGUUGACGUACAACUGUAUAUUUUGUCAUUUCUUUCGCCCCAUGAUCUGUGUCAGUUGGGAAGUACAAAUCAUUAUUGGAAUGAAACUGUACGAGAUCCAAUUCUGUGGAGAUAUUUUCUGUUGCGAGAUCUUCCUUCUUGGUCUUCUGUUGACUGGAAGUCUCUUCCAGAUCUAGAAAUCUUAAAAAAGCCUGUAUAUGAGGUCACUGAUGGUGCAUUUUUUGACUACAUGGCAGUCUAUAAAAUGUGCUGUCCUUAUACAAGAAGAGCCUCAAAAUCCAGCCGUCCUAUGUAUGGAGCUGUCACCUCUUUUUUACACUCACUGAUCAUUCAGAAUGAACCACGGUUUGCUAUGUUUGGACCAGGUUUGGAAGAAUUGAAUACAUCUUUGGUGUUGAGUUUGAUGUCUUCCGAGGAACUUUGCCCAACAGCUGGUUUGCCUCAGAGGCAGAUUGAUGGUAUUGGAUCAGGAGUCAGUUUUCAGUUGAGCAACCAACAUAAAUUCAACAUCCUGAUAUUAUAUUCAACUACCAAAAAGGAAAGAGACAGAGCAAGAGAAGAGCAUACAAGUGCAGUUAACAAGAUGUUUAGUCUGCAGAAUGAAGGGGAUGAUCAGCAAGGAAGCCGGUAUAGUGUGAUUCCACAAAUUCAGAAGGUGUGUGAAGUUGUAGAUGGGUUCAUCUAUGUUGCAAAUGCUGAAGCUCAUAAAAGACAUGAAUGGCAAGAUGAAUUUUCUCAUAUUACGGCAAUGACAGAUCCAGCUUUUGGAUCUUCAGGAAGACCAUUGCUGGUUUUAUCUUGUGUUUCUCAAGUGGAUGUAAAAAGAAUGCCCUGUUUUUAUCUGGCCCAUGAACUGCAUCUGAAUCUUCUAAACCACCCGUGGAUGGUCCAGGAUACAGAGGCUGAAACUCUAACUGGCUUUUUAAAUGGCAUUGAGUGGAUUCUUGAAGAAGUAGAAUCUAAGCGUGUAAAAUGAUCCUCCUUUUGGAUCUUGGGAAUUGAAACCACUUGAAAUUUGUUAAUAAGGUCAUGAUGUGGAUAUUUGCUCAGUCAACUCACUUUGUCCUGCCUUUUUGCAGGUGGACUUUAUAUUGGACAGCUGAAGUUGCUAUAUUUUUUAUAUUAUUUUUACUUUUUACCUUAAAUCAAUUACAAGAAAAGAGUUUCAAUCCUAGUAUUUAGCCCCAAAAUGAACCUUAAAAUUUUUUUUUGAUAACUUUUAUA